AUGCUACGAACAACAACCACGCUCCGCUCCCAAAUCCUCACCCGGCGGCUCUCACCCAACCUCAUCCGCCGCCAUGCCACGCAACCCGCACCCCCAACGUCCCGCCUCACCCGCCUCGAAUCCCGGCUUCCCAAAUUCCUCGUCCCUUGGCUCCGCCCCAUAACCCGCGCCCCCAUCUCCCACGUAACAGCCUUCCUCCUCCUCCACGAACUCACCGCCAUCGUCCCCGUCGUCGGCCUCGUAGCCUUCUUCCACUGCUCCAACUGGCUCCCCCCCUACAUCAGCGAGGGCAAAUGGGUGCAAGAAGCGACGGAGAAGGCCGGGAAAUACCUGCGACGGAAUGGAUGGUUGAAGCAGGAGUCGAAGAGAGAUAAGUGGUUUGGGAGGGGUGAGGGGAGCGUGAGGUUGUUGGUGGAGAUCGGGACGGCGUGGGCGAUUACGAAGGCGUUGUUGCCGGUUAGGUUGGUGUUGAGUGUGUGGGCGACGCCGUGGUUUGCAAGGUGGACUGUGCUGCCGGUUAUGGGGUGGGUGGGGAGGUUGUUUGGGAGAGGAAAAGGCGUGCAGACAGUGCAGGCGGUGAAGUCGGGAGGGGCUGGGACAGGAGCGGUGGCGGGCGGGGUGCUGCCGAAGGAAGGGAGUGUGAAGGUGAAAUGA